CUUCAUUUGUCUAAAUGAAUCUUUUCAACCAAUACCGUGUCGCCACUUGUUAAGCUUUCUGUAUACACAACCGUACCUGAUUAUUUUCUCCUCCUUGGUCGUCUCCCAUUACGGCAAGACGAGUGUGUUCAAAACCCUUAAACCUCCCCACCAACUGAUCAAAACGCAUACAUAACUCCGUCAUCUUCUUCGUCUUUACUCCAAAAUUCCAGACAUUUGAAGCUUUUACGCAUCUGGGUAUUUGAUCUUUCAUUCACAGAUCACAUAAACUCGAUAAUCUCGGAAGAGUCAAAUGUCUAUAUCCCUUAAAAUUUCCCACAUUUCAACAUUUUCCAACGAUGGGUUUAAUAGCGUAGAGCUGCGAAAGCAAUGCAGAUCCGGUCAAAGGUUUGAAAUUGGGUCGAUUUGUUUCCGUAGAAGUUCUGGUUUUGAAUCUAGACGGAUCCAUUUGAAUUCGGACUUGUCUUCUCGGAAUUUGAGAAACCGAUGUGUGGGAUCGGAUGUGGUUGCGGGUGAAAUUUCCGGUAGAUCGGUACCGGAUUGGGCUUAUAGCGGUUUAAAGGAUGAGACUUUAAGCGAUUUGGAGCCGGAACUUGAUGAUGGUGAUGGCGGCGAUGAGAAUGGGAACAACGACGGCGGUGGAAAUGGUGGUAACGGAGGUGGAGGAGGAGGAGGUGGAGAAGGAGAUGAUGGAGAGGAUGAAGCAGAUAAAGCUGAGGAGAAGGAGUUUGGUCCGAUUUUGAAGUUUGAAGAAGUUAUGAAAGAGACAGAACGUAGAGGGAUUACGUUACCGGAGGAUAUGUUGGAGGCUGCCAAAUCCGUGGGGCUUCGGAAACUGUUCCUUCUUCGUUACCUCGAUCUACAGGGUUCUGUUUGGCCGCUUGGGUUUCUGAUGAGAUCAUGUGCGAUGCUUCGAAAUAGAAUGCUUGCAGAUCCUUCAUUUCUUUUCAAAGUCGGAACCGAGAUAGCUAUAGACUCUUGCUGUGCAACUUUUGCAGAAGUACAGAAGAGAGGGGAAGAUUUCUGGUCAGAGUUUGAGUUGUAUGCGGCUGAUCUUUUGGUUGGUCUUGUAGUUGAUGUUGCUUUGGUUGGACUAUUGGCUCCCUAUGCACGUAUUGGGAAGCCAUCUGUGGCAUCAACAGGUUUAUUUAAGGACCUUAAACGUGCUUGUGCAUCCCUUCCUAGCAGUGUUUUUGAAGCUGAAAGACCGGGAUGCAAAUUCUCAGUUAACCAGCGCAUUGCAACUUUCUUCUACAAGGGCCUCUUGUAUGGGUCGGUUGGAUUCGGCUGCGGCCUCAUCGGUCAAGGAAUUGCAAAUCUGAUCAUGACGGCAAAACGGAGUGUGAAGAAAUCAGAGGAAGACGUCCCUAUUCCACCUCUUUUUGAAAGCGCUGCUCUCUGGGGUGUGUUCCUCGGCAUAUCUUCCAAUGCACGUUACCAAAUCAUCAACGGCCUCGAGCGCGUCGUAGAAGGUUCAACAGCGGCCAAACGCAUUCCUGUGGUCGCCAUGGCAUUCACGGUGGGAGUCCGGUUUGCUAACAAUGUGUAUGGCGGUAUGCAAUUUGUGGAUUGGGCUAAAUUAUCCGGCGUUCAGUAAUAACCGGUUAGGUUUUGUUGCGAACCGGAUAGUAAACCAGCCUAGAUGUCUCCUCAGGAGUAUCUAAUCUGAAGGGGUAGGGAAGGGGGAUGUUAGUUAUCUGAGUUUCAUUAGUGUGACUAGGCCAUAUACCGAGAGCUAAAGGAUAAAGAAUGUGGUUCAUGAAUCAUGAUCUGGACCGGAUUCUUCUAACCGGAAUACUCGAGACAACAUUUUCGAUUUGGUUUUCGAAGUUGAGUUUUUCUCAUGGAGUCUCCUUGUUCUCUUAUUCAUUUUUCUGAAUCGUAUGCUUUUUAUGCAAUAAUGACUCAAAAACUUUUUACAACAAAACGUCAUUUUUGGCCUUUUUGACGUUUGCGUGGAUCGAUAUAUGGAAAAAUGUGGGUAUGUGACAA